CUCCCUCUCAGGAUGAAGGUGGAUAUGGGCCCAGACCCUUCCCUGGUCUAUCGACCUGAUGUGGACCCAGAGCUGGCCAAAAGCAAGGACAGCUUCCGAAACUACACCGAGGGCCCGCUGCUGGAUCGAGUCUUUACCACCUACAAGCUCAUGCACACACAUCAGACCGUGGACUUCGUCAACAGGAAGCAUAUCCAGUUUGGAGGCUUCUCAUACAAGAAAAUGUCAGUCAUGGAGGCUGUGAACAUGCUAGAUGACCUGGUGGAUGAAUCUGACCCGGAUGUAGAUUUCCCCAACUCCUUUCAUGCAUUCCAGACAGCGGAGGGAAUCCGGAAAGCCCACCCAGACAAAGACUGGUUCCACCUGGUUGGAUUUCUGCAUGAUCUGGGGAAGAUCCUGGCUCUGUGGGGGGAACCUCAGUGGGCCGUUGUUGGAGACACUUUUCCUGUGGGCUGCCGUCCCCAGGCCUCUGUAGUAUUCUGUGACUCUACUUUCCAGGACAACCCUGACCUCCAGGACCCUCGAUACAGCACAGAAUUUGGUAUGUACCAGCCCUACUGUGGACUUGAGAAUGUUCUUAUGUCCUGGGGCCAUGACGAGUACCUCUACCAGAUGAUGAAGUUCAACAAGUUCUCCCUACCCGCCGAGGCCUUCUACAUGAUCCGAUUCCACUCCUUCUAUCCAUGGCACACGGGUGGUGACUACUUACAGCUGUGCAGUCAACAAGACCUGGAUAUGCUGCCCUGGGUGCAAGAGUUCAACAAGUUUGACCUCUACACCAAGAGCCCUGAGCUACCAGAUGUGGACAGCCUGCGACCCUACUAUCAGGGGCUGAUUGACAAGUACUGCCCAGGCAUCCUGAGCUGGUGAAUGGUUUCUAAUACCCUCCCACUGUUGAAGCAGCCCACUCCACCCUUGCUCAGGGCCCCAGACACCUGUCCACAGU